AUGGUGGACCCGGUGGGCUUCGCCGAGGCAUGGAAGGCGCAGUUCCCGGACUCGGAGCCGCCGCGCAUGGAGCUGCGCUCGGUGGGCGACAUCGAGCAGGAGCUGGAGCGCUGCAAGGCCUCCAUCCGGCGCCUGGAGCAGGAGGUGAACCAGGAGCGCUUCCGGAUGAUCUACCUGCAGACGCUGCUGGCCAAGGAAAAGAAGAGCUACGACCGGCAGCGCUGGGGCUUCCGGCGCGCCGCACAGCCCCCCGACGGCGCGGCCGAGCCCCGCGCGCCGCGCGCGCACCCCGCGCCCGCCGAGGGCGCCGACCCGCCGGCCGCCGACGAGCCCGAGGCCCGGCCCGAAGGGGAGGGCUCUCCGGGCAAGGCCAGGCCCGCGGCCGCUCGCAGGCCCGGGCCCGCAGCCGCCGCCGAGCUAGACGAACGCGGGCCCCCCACCAGCGUGGCGGCGCUGCGCUCCAACUUCGAGAGGAUCCGCAAGGGCCCCGGUCAGCCCGCGGCGGCGGCGGACACCGAGAAGCCCUUCUACGUGAACGUCGAGUUCCACCACGAGCGUGGCCUGGUGAAGGUCAACGACAAAGACGUGUCGGACCGCAUCAGCUCCCUGGGCAGCCAGGCCAUGCAGAUGGAGCGCAGGAAGUCGCAGCAGCAGGGCGCUGGGCCGGGCCCCGUGGACGCCCCCAGGCCCCCGCAUCGUGGGCGCGCCUCCGAGGGCAGCGGCUGCGGCGGCCUCGACGGCGACUAUGAGGACGCCGAGCUGAACCCGCGCUUCCUGAGGGACAACCUGAUCAGCGGCAGCGGCAGGCCCCCGUGGCCGCCCCUGGAGCACCAGCCCUACCAGAGCAUCUACGUCGGGGGCAUGAUGGUGGAAGGGGAGGCCAAGGGCCCGCUGCAGCGCAGCCAGAGCACCUCGGAGCAGGAGAAGCGUCUUACCUGGCCGCGGAGGUCCUACUCCCCGCGGAGCUUCGAGGACAGCGGAGGCGGCUACACGCCGGACUGCAGCUCCAACGAGAACCUCACGUCCAGUGAGGAGGACUUCUCCUCUGGCCAGUCCAGCCGCGUGUCCCCGAGCCCCACCACCUACCGGCCGUUCCGGGACAAGAGCCGCUCGCCCUCGCAGAACUCCCAGCAGUCCUUUGACAGCAGCAGUCCCCCGACGCCCCAGUGCCAGAAGCGGCACCGCCAGGGCCCCGUCGUCGUGUCUGAGGCCACCAUCGUGGGCGUCCGCAAGACGGGGCAGAUCUGGCCUGGCGAUGGGGACAGCUUGUCCGGCAAGCUGCCUCAGGACGCAGACGCAGAUGCGUUGUUCGGGACGCCGCCAGGGCCCGGCUGUGCUGUGGACCGGGCGGAGGAGCCGCGCCGGCCCCAGGACGGGCUGCCCUACAAUGAUGACUCGCCCGCCUCCUCGCCUCACCUCGGCAGCAAGGCCCGGGGCGGCCGGGACGCGGCAGAGCCCAGCAGAGCGAGCGAGCUGGACUUGGAAAAGGGCUCAGAGAUGAGAAAGUGGGUCCUGUCUGGCAUCCUGGCUAGCGAGGAGACUUACCUGAGCCACCUAGAGGCACUGCUGCUGCCCAUGAAGCCUUUGAAGGCGGCCGCCACCACCUCCCAGCCGGUGCUGACGAGCCAGCAGAUCGAGACCAUCUUCUUCAAGGUGCCUGAGCUCUACGAGAUCCACAGGGACUUCUACGACGGGCUCCUGCCCCGCGUGCAGCAGUGGGGCCAUCAGCAGCGCGUGGGCGACCUCUUCCAGAAGCUGGCCAGCCAGCUGGGUGUGUACCGGGCCUUUGUGGACAACUAUGAAGUUGCCAUGGAAACAGCCGAGAAGUGCUGUCAGGCCAACGCUCAGUUUGCAGAAAUCUCUGAGAACCUGCGAGCCAGGAGCAACAAGGAGGCCAAGGACCAGACAACCAAGAACUCUCUGGAAACCCUGCUCUACAAGCCCGUGGACCGGGUCACCCGGAGCACGCUGGUCCUGCACGACUUGCUGAAGCACACGCCCCCCAGCCACCCUGACCACCUGCUGCUGCAGGACGCCCUCCGCAUCUCGCAGAACUUCCUGUCCAGCAUCAAUGAGGAGAUCACGCCCCGCCGGCAGUCCAUGACCGUGAAGAAGGGCGAGCACCGGCAGCUGCUCAAGGACAGCUUCAUGGUGGAGCUGGUGGAGGGGGCCCGCAAGCUGCGGCACGUCUUCCUCUUCACCGACCUGCUGCUCUGCACGAAGCUCAAGAAACAGAGCGGGGGCAAAACCCAGCAGUACGACUGCAAGUGGUACAUCCCGCUCACGGACCUCAGCUUCCAGACGGUGGACGAGUCGGAGGCCGCGCCCAACAUCCCCCUGGUGCUGGACGAGGAGCUGGACGCCAUGAAGAUCAAGAUCUCCCAGAUCAAGAGUGAUAUCCAGAGAGAGAAGAGAGCGAACAAGGGCAGCAAGGCCAUCGAGAGGCUGAAGAAGAAGCUCUCAGAGCAGGAGUCGCUGCUGCUCCUCAUGUCCCCGAAUAUGGCUUUCCGCGUGCACAGCCGCCACGGGAAGAGUUACACGUUCCUGAUCUCCUCCGACUACGAGCGGGCCGAGUGGAGAGAGAACAUCCGGGAGCAGCAGAAGAAGUGUUUCAAGAGCUUCUCACUGACGUCCGUGGAGCUGCAGAUGCUGACGAAUUCAUGUGUCAAACUCCAGACCGUCCACAGCAUCCCGCUGACCAUCAACAAGGAAGAUGACGAAUCUCCUGGGCUCUAUGGGUUCCUGAAUGUCAUCGUCCACUCUGCCACCGGCUUUAAGCAGAGUUCAAGUCUGUACUGCACCCUGGAGGUGGAUUCCUUCGGCUACUUUGUAAAUAAAGCCAAGACGCGCGUCUACAGGGACACGGCCGAGCCCAACUGGAACGAGGAGUUCGAGAUUGAGCUGGAGGGCUCACAGACGCUCAGGGUCCUGUGCUAUGAGAAGCGCCACCGCCGGGCCCGGCUCGCCAAGGAGGACGGCGGGGAGAGCGUGGACCGGAUCGCGGGCAAGGGCCAGGUGCAGCUGGACCCCCAGACCCUGCAGGACAGAGACUGGCAGCGGACGGUCAUCGCCAUGAAUGGGAUUGAAGUGAAGCUAUCAAUCAAGUUCACCAGCAGGGAGUUCAGCUUGAAGAGGAUGCCUUCCCGAAAACAGACGGGCGUCUUCGGAGUCAAGAUCGCCGUGGUCACCAAGAGGGAGCGGUCCAAGGUGCCAUACAUCGUGCGCCAGUGCGUCGAGGAGAUCGAGCGCCGGGGCAUGGAGGAGGUGGGCAUCUACCGCGUGUCCGGCGUGGCCACGGACAUCCAGGCCCUGAAGGCGGCCUUUGACGUCAACAACAAGGAUGUGUCGGUGAUGAUGAGCGAGAUGGACGUGAACGCCAUCGCUGGGACUCUGAAGCUCUACUUCCGCGAGCUGCCGGAGCCCCUCUUCACCGACGAGUUCUACCCCAACUUCGCCGAGGGCAUCGCGCUCUCAGACCCCGUGGCGAAGGAGAGCUGCAUGCUCAACCUGCUGCUGUCGCUCCCGGAGGCCAACCUGCUCACCUUCCUCUUCCUCCUGGAUCACCUGAAAAGGGUGGCGGAAAAGGAGACGGUGAAUAAAAUGUCCCUGCACAACCUCGCCACGGUGUUUGGCCCCACGCUGCUCCGGCCCUCGGAGAAGGAGAACAAGCCGCCCGCCAACCCCAGCCAGGCCAUCUCCAUGACCGACAGCUGGUCCCUGGAGGUCAUGUCCCAGGUCCAGGUGCUGCUCUACUUCCUGCAGCUGGAGGCCAUCCCUGCCCCGGACAGCAGGAGGCAGAGCGUCCUCUUCUCCACCGAAGUCUAG